AUGUCGUACUUUAUGACCCACCUCCACUCCGGCUGGCAUGUCGACCAGGCCAUUCUCGUCGAAGAAGACCGCGUUGUCUGCAUCCGCUUUGGGCACGACCACGACUCGGAGUGUAUGGCCAUGGAUGAGACAAUGUACGGCGUGUCGGAGCAAGUGCAGAACUUUGCCAUCAUGUACCUCGUCGACAUUACGGAGGUGCCGGACUUCAACAAAAUGUACGAGCUGUACGACCCGUGCACGCUCAUGUUCUUCUACCGAAACAAGCACAUCAUGAUCGAUCUCGGGACAGGUAACAACAACAAGAUCAACUGGGCGAUUACGGACAAGCAGGAGCUUAUCGACAUCAUCGAAACCGUGUACCGAGGGGCAUCCAAGGGUCGCGGUCUCGUCGUCUCGCCGCGGGACUACAGCACACGUCACAAGUACUAGAGGACACUGUUUGUAUCACAUUAUUAUGUUAGAGAGCGGACGCUCGUAUAGUUUGGUCGUAGAUGUAGGGCUGGGUCGCUACUGAGAGCAACCUGGGCAUGUGUGCAGUGUCUCAUGCACG